AUGGGAAUGAAAGAGCAUAGUUUAUAUGACGAUACCUCCGUGGCCAUCGUUGAGAAACAUGGCACCCGAAUUAAUGAUGCUUCGUCACUUCAAACACCAAGACCUCACACAACACUUCACUUCCUCGCGAAUAUUACUGCUGAUAGUCGGGAAUAUCGCGGAAUCCACCCUAUUGUAUCACUAGAGUCGCAUCAAGCGAACUUGUCAGAUCUUGUGGACAAAGCACUUUGGUAUCUGCCAUCCGCUUCUGGUCUUAGCCACAAAGAACCUGAUGCUUUGCGCCAGUAUGCCUCCCGAACUAUUCAGCUAUCACCCGAGGGCGGUAAAGCCAGAGAUACCGUUAACAAACUCAAGCCAGACUUCAUUUCAGUUACCCGUGGACCUGGAAUGCGCUCUAACCUGUCCGUAGGAUUAGAACUGGCUAAAGGAUUAGCUGUCGCCUGGCAGGUUCCCAUGGUUGGUGUGCAUCACAUGCAGGCUCAUCUGCUCACUCCGAGACUAGCGGAUGCUCUUGAUAUACCGUCUGUGGAAGAAAAUGAUAGCAUCCGUGCUCUAAAACCCGACUUUCCGUUUAUAUCGGUCCUAAUUUCUGGUGGACAUACUUUCCUUGCCCAUUCAAAAUCACUCACAGACCACAAGACGUUGGCCUCGACCGUUGAUGUGGCAAUUGGUGAUGUGUUGGACAAAUUCGCCCGCAUGGCCUUACCACGCUCAUACAUUGACCAAAGUAAAACAACUAUGUACGGGAAACAAUUAGAAGCAUAUGCAUUUCCAAAUGGAUACUCCGAUUAUGCCGACUACGAACCACCAGCUACGAGAGGACAGGAAACUAAACCCAUCAUCAACGCCAAAUACGGCUGGUCACUAACCCUACCAUACCCUGAUUCGAAAAAAAUGGCAUUUACGUUUGCUGGCUUGUUUUCCGCUGCUCAAAGACAGGUUGAUAUCAUGGUAAACGGGAAAGUUGAACAAAGAAAGAAGACUAAAGAGGAAAUGGACAGUUUAAACCUUGACUUUCUUCCACAUGACGGCAGAGUGGAGUUUUGCAGGGAUUUUAUGCGUGUGUGCUUUGAACACCUUGCUUCUCGCAUUGUCCUGGCCCUAGAAAAUGCGCUGUCUAGUGUUCCAAAUACUGCCAGGAAGGAGCAAAUUGAACCAGGGCCUUCUGUUAAAACAAUUGUUGUUAGCGGUGGCGUUGCCGCGAAUCAAUAUCUCCGACAUAUCCUUCGCGCAUUUCUGGAUAUACGCGGGUUCUCUGAUGUCGAUAUUGUUGCUCCCCCGUUAUAUCUCUGCACCGAUAAUGCAGCUAUGAUUGGCUGGGCAGGUAUCGAGAUGUUUGAGGCUGGUUGGAGAACUAGCAGGAAGUCGCAGGCCAUACGGAAGUGGAAUCUCGACUCUACUGCUGAGGAUGGCGGUAUACUAGGCCCUGAUGGCUGGGUGCGCAUCAUACGUUCAGGCAAAACAUCAUUCCCCCGGUGA